AUGUUCGCUCUGCCCACCUACAUCACGGCCCUGGCUCUCUUCCUCGCCGUCGCCGCUGCCUCUCCCCUCCAACAGCGCGACAUCCAAUGGUCCUUCGAUCUCUUCCCUUCACCACAAUGCAACCAAACCGGUGAUCUCCACGCCGGCAUGGGCAGCACAGGUUGCCGCGCAAACCUCCACACUGUCGCCUCCGCAUACAGAUUAAACACGGUGGCCGAGGGCUGUCAUAUCGAGUUCUUCGAUAACACCAUGUGCGAUGCGACCGAGACUACCUCCGAUAUCGCUGGACCGAUAAGCAGCAUGGGAUUUUGUCGAGUACCAGAACUCACUCGUCGCUACGGGUCUUAUCAGGUUACUUGUGAGGAAAAGGGUGAAUUGAAAUAA